UUAUUGUGAGAGGAAACAAAACUGGUGUAAAAUCCAUGCAGGCCAGUCACAUGCACAGCCAUGCAGCAGCAUCAUCCUGCUGCGAGCGAAUCAGCGCAGGGAUCCGGAGCAGCACAGUGUCGUAGCGGGCAGCAGGGAAGUGGAGCGCCGGGUCUUGGCAGCACUGAGGCAGUACAGCAGGAAGAGGGCAUCUCAAUAGGUGGAAAAGAAACGGAAGGAAAAACAAAGGGCGUUAAAAGAUCGUAGUAAACGGGCCAAUUAACAAAGCAGGAGAAUCGAUUCCAGAGUUUGUGUGAAGAGAAAGGUGACCUAUGAUGGGUGAAAUCCUAAAUCCAGGAGCAGCUCUCACAAGGCUAUUCUUAUUCUCAUUCAUCAACAUUCUAUCUGUGGCCCCAGAUAUAUAGCUGAGCAUGACCAAUCACCUGGAGCUGCUGACUGAACUGCAGCAGCUGGACAAGGCGCCCAGCCUGGAGCGUCUGCGUGCGGCUCAGAAACGCCGUGCCCAGCAGCUGAAACGAUGGGCUGUGUACGAAAAAGAGCUGCAGAACAAGAAAUGGAAAACUGACAAAAAGCGUGGGAAUAUAAAACAGAGGAAUUCGCUUCACAGACGAGUGUCAUUCGCUGCAAAUGUGGCAUUAUUGGAGGCCUCAGCGAGAAAUGACUUGGACGAAGUGAAGUAUCUUCUAAAGAACAGUGUUAAUCCUGAUCUCUGUAAUGAGGAUGGUCUCACUGCUAUGCACCAGUGUUGUAUAGAUAACUAUGAGGACAUGGUUCAGCUGUUGUUGAAUCGAGGUGCAAGCGUUAAUGCUCAGGAUAAUGAACUAUGGACACCGCUUCAUGCUGCAGCUACCUGUGGACAUACCGGCCUGGUCAAGAUUCUUAUUCAGCAUGGUGCUGACCUGUUAGCAGUCAAUUCUGAUGGUAAUAUGCCGUAUGAUCUUUGUGAAGAUGAUCCCACACUCGACAUUAUUGAGACCGCCAUGGCCAACCGAGGUAUUACACAGGAGAUGAUCAAUGAGACACGAGCGGCAGUGGAGAGCAGAAUGCUGGGAGAUAUUCGGAAUAUUCUUCAUAAUGGAGAGGACGUCAAUCAGCAUGACUCACAGGGAGCUACUCUGCUCCACAUCACUGCAGCUAAUGGUUAUAUGCAAGCAGCAGAGCUGUUACUGGAGGGCGGAGCAAAGAUGGAUCUGAGAGAUUCUGAUGGAUGGCAACCAUUACAUGCAGCAGCCUGCUGGGGACAGAGGACUAUAGCCGAGCUGUUGGUGUCUCAUGGUGCCAGUCUGAAUGCCAAGACGUCCUUGGAGGAAACACCGAUAGAUCUUUGUGAAGAUGAAGAAUUCAGGAAUCAUCUUCUGGACCUGAAGCACAAGCAUGAAAUUAUUUUGAAGUCGCAGCUGAAGCACAAAACCUCGUUGUGCCGCCGAACGAGCAGCACAGGAAGUCGAGGGAAAGUGGUGAGGAGGGCUAGUUUAUCAGACAGACACAACCUGUGUCGGAAAGAAUAUGAGACAGAGGCUAUUGUGUGGCGAGGAGGAAGAGAGGAAGAGGAAGAACGGGAAAAGGAGUCAGAUCAGGAAAAUAACAACCCAGUGAAGUCUCGAAAGAGUCACGGAGCACCUCAAAGCUUAAAAGAAGAUGGCAAGCAACAGAAUGACUUAGUCUGCACCACAGCCACUACUACACCCCCACCCACCUCUGAUAAGGACUGUUCCACUCCAGGGACUUGUAUCCCCACCUUUCCCAUUUCCUCUGAAGACAUCUGGAUCAAGGAGCGUCCUCAGACUCUCUCUGAACUCAAAAAGCAGCGAGCAGCUGCAGCCAAACUGCACAGACUUCCCAUUCUCAACGGUCAGGUCAGCAACGGCUCCACGGCAGCACCAGUGACUAAAGACGGCUUGGAGGAUCCCAGUAAGCCGUUUGCUUCCUCUAAUGGGAACACAGUGUUUUUCACUCCUGCAAGCGGAGAGCCUCCUCUCCUUAAAUUCAAGCAGCCAAUUGAGGAGGAGGACAUUAAAAGUCACGGAUGCUGCUGCAUCUCAUAAGUCCAGUGUGGGCCUUGUUACAGGAACUUUGAGGGAAAACUGGUUGGGCUUGAAUGUGGAAGAAGAGUAAAAAAUGCUAGCAAUAAGUACGCUCCAAAAUUAUUCCACUUUAAACGUCAUCUUUUUAUUAAGUACACUUACUUUGCACCUUUCCUUUACUGGCCAUUUUAUCAGGAACACCACGUAUACAGGUGCACUUUCCAAAUAUGCAGUGACUGACUGUAGCAUGUUGCUAUGCACAAAUAUCAGCAACAAACAGAUACUUGAACACUUACAAACUUUGUUGCCACAUUUUUGUAAGUUUAGAGGCCAUGCAAAAUUAGUGCUUAUUAUCUUCUGCAUGUCUAAUAAUGGUUACUUUAUGACCACAGGAUCACUUUUGGCUGAAUAUUGUUCACGAUCUAUCUACCUGCAACCCAGCUGUAGCAUUUAAGAGGCAAAUUCAUGCCAUAAAUCUUCUAUGCUCCCUAAAUAUGACUAAACAUACAGCUCUGGAAAAAAAAAUAAGAGACCAUGUAAAAAAAGAGUUUCUUUGAUUUUACCAAUUUGAAAAUCUCUGAAAUAUAAUCAAGAGGAAGAUGGAUGAUCACAAGCCAUCAAACCAAGCUGAACUGCUUGAGUAAAGUUAUCCAAAAGCAGUGUGUAAGACUGGUGGAGGAGAACAUGAUGCCAAGAUGCAUGAAAACUGUGAUUAAAAACCAGGGUUAUUCCACCAAAUAUUGAUUUCUGAACUCUUAAAACUUUAUGAAUAUGAACUUUUUUUCUUUGCAUUGUUUGAGCUCUGAAAGCUCAAAAAAAAAUAAAUAUUUUUGUUAUUCAUUAAAUAAAUGCGUCUAAAUGACCAUAUUUUUAUUUGGAAUUUGGAAGAAAUGUCUGUAGUUUGUAGAAUAAAAUAACAAUGUUCAUUUUUUCUCAAACAUAAACCUAUAAAUAGAAAAUCAGAGAAACUGAUUCAGAAACUGACGUGGUCUCUUCAUGUUUUCCAGAGCUGUAGGUUAGCAGCAGCAACUGGCAGAACAGGCAUUUGUGUAUAAUCUAAACAUCAGCAGGGGUCAGGAGUAUUAAUGAAACUGUGCAGAACGGUAAAUUAAGCACACCGAAACAAAACACAAAAUACUGAACAGGAUGCAGGUGCUAACAUGACCAGCCAUGUCGCUCGCUCAGUGUGCACCAAUUUCUAUGAGUGCUGACACUGUGCAUGUACCUUUUCUAAAUCAUAUAGCAUCCUAUAACAUAUAUUUUCCUUGUUUAUAUUAUGUCUCUCUUAGUGAUGUUGUGAUAUUUAUUGUCUUGUUCACCUUCUGCACAAUCCCCAACUCUACCGUCCUCCUCAGAUCAGCUGACCCUCUCUCUACCCACUCCUGAAAUUUAGAGUAUUAAUAAAACACCAUCUGCAUUUACUCUCACUUUUUACUAUAACUGUAAUUUUAAAAUAUUAUUUUUGCAGGCUUUAGACUAAAAUGGACAAAUGGACUCUUAUCCUAAAGAUUGUAAAGAUUUGUUCUUGUAAUUUGUGACUAAUCCUCACAGCAAUGCUCCAUAAUCUCCAAAAGCAGGAUAAACUCUUUUAACACAGUGUUUGUGUGUGCAUGCAUGCUUAUGCGUGUGUAUUUUAGAGCAUUGCAGUGAGGAUUUGCUACAAAAUACAAGUCAGAACAUACAUAUGCGUAUAUGACCUGUGUCUACACUUAAUAUAUAAUAUUGUCUAGCCUGAACACCCAUGACAUGAGAUGCAACAUAAUUUAAGUGAUCUUAAAGUCUUUUGCAACUUAAAAUGAAUGAAUAAUAGGGGAUUUUGUUGAGGAUUCCUUAUUAACUUGACUUUGUUUUGAAAUUUUAAUUUAAGUUAUUUAAAAUCUUUUUGGCUAUUUUUAAAGACAUUGCCUUUUUAAAAUCACUUUCCACUUUUACAUUGGUCUCUACACUAGCUUCUACCUAAAUAGCCACAACAAAAAUGAAUUUAAAGAAAUAUUAAAGAAAUUAUUACAGCCAGCAUAUAAACAAUUGUAUUCCGUAACACACUGCAUAGGCAGCAGUACAAGUACAGACUAGACUAUACUAACAAUGGCUAUACUGAGCCAUUGACAAUUUGACAAAAAAAUAGUUUUUUUUUUGCGCAUUAAAAAUUUGUUUUUAUCGCCACUAGCCUGACAUAACUACAGAUAAUACAGUACUAAACAGGUGUGUGAUUUUAAUGCUUACUUUAACACAAGAUCCUGUGUGCAAGGUAGAAGGAAAGGAUGGAAUCACAGACAUUCCCACUGGCCUUAAAUACAUUCUCUCUCAUGAGCCGUCGUUAGUCAUUUUCCUAUUUCCUUUUUCUAUUUUUGUGAACUAUUCUUUAUGUUGGCGAGAUGCUCAGCCGUCUAGUUAGGCGUAUCCUAGAAAAGCUGACAGCAGCUCUCAUAAUCCAUGUCAUAUCAAAAAUAUGACAGUUCAAUAUGGGACACUCCCUUAGUUUCCAAUUAUGGAAUGAAUUAGCAUUUUGCUGAAGAACUGGCAACCUUUUAUAGAAGCUGUAUUAGUUCUGUACCUUACAAAAUGACCCUGUCUGCUCUACUAGAACUUUUAUUGACAACAUGGCUUAAAUUACUUACCCAUAGUCUGGAUUGUAUACUGACAUGCCAGAAGUCAUGGCAUAGCCGUAUGUGAAUUGAGCAUGUAAAAGUGUGAAGUGUUUCCUCAGUUAAUGACUUGGGCUGAUAGUGGGUGUGUUUAACAUUCCUCGAUCCACAGGAUCCACAGUGUUACGUGUGCACCAGGAAUAUACAAUAGAAGACUAAUAUUACCACCCACAGUAGACAGUGCAGUGG